AGCUCAAUCUUUAGGAUGCUUCUCUUUCUUUAUAUAUUCCUGCUUUUGCAUCAACUUCAUACCAAGGCUGGAAACACUCUUUGCCGAAUGAUGGGAGACCCUAAGUACCCACUGCUUUCCAAGGAUGGAGACAUAAUCAUUGGAGCACUUUUUGCAAUACGCAGUAAAGAAACAAUGCCUUCACUGGAGUUUUCACAAAAACCUCAGCUUCUUUCAUGCUCCAGUGUGAAUUUAAGAGAUUUUCGGAUGGCUCAAAUUAUGAGUUUUGCUAUUGAAGAAAUUAACAGAAGUAAAAGUUUGCUCCCAAAUGUUUCUAUUGGAUACCGAAUUUAUGAUACCUGUGGUUCAAGACUAUCUGCCAUGAGUGCAACUAUGGGACUGAUGAAUGGACCGGAGUUUGAAGCAGAAUACAGAUGCAAUGGACAGUCUCCUAUACAUGCUAUCAUAGGAGAAACAGAGUCCUCCGCCACAGUAAUUCUGUCCAGAACUACAGGACCUUUUAAAAUUCCAGUGAUAAGUCACUCAGCCUCAUGUGAAUGUCUCAGCAAUAGAAAAGACUAUCCUUCAUUCUUCAGGACUAUUGCUAGUGAUUACCACCAAGGCAGGGCCCUUGCAUAUAUAGUCAAGCACUUAGGUUGGUCUUGGGUAGGAGCUGUGAACAGUGACAACGACUAUGGGAACAAUGUUAUGUCCAUAUUUCUCAAUACAGCUAAGAAGGAAGGGAUUUGUGUGGAGUAUUCAGUGAAAUUCUAUAGAACAGAGCCAGAAAAACUCAAAAAAGUGGUAGAAACGAUUAAAAAAAGCACAGCAAAAGUGAUUGUUGCAUUUGUUUCACUUGUUGAGAUGGGCUUACUUAUUGAGCAACUAAGUAUUCAGAAUAUUACAGGCUUUCAAUUGAUUGGAGGGGAAGGAUGGAUAACUGCAAAGAGUUUGAUCACUCCAAACAGCUUUCUUGUGCUGGGAGGGUCAUUGGGGUUUGCAUUUAGAAAAAUCAAUAUUGAAGGGUUUGCAGAUUAUGUUAUUAAAUCAUUCUGGGACACGGCUUUUCCAUGCUCAAAGACUGAAGGGAAGUCUUCACAACAUGCAUUCAUCUGCAGCAGAUAUCAAGAUCUACUUACACUAAAAAACUACAAUGAAGAUGUGCCUGAACAAAGAUAUGCAAGCAACGUCUAUAAAGCAGUUUAUGCUGUGGCUCAUUCCCUACACAGACUAUUGAAUUGCAAAGAACAAGCAGGUUGUGAGAAAGACUGGACAAUACAACCAAAACAGGUGGUUGAAGCUCUGAAAAAGGUCAAUUUCACUGUAAAAUUUGGAGAUCAUGUGUGGUUUGACGGCACUGGUGGCACAGUAGCCCACUAUGAAGUUGUUAACUGGCAGCAGGACUCUACGAGAUCAUUCCAGUUUAAACCAGUGGGUUACUUUGAUGCCUCACUGCCACCUGAUCAAAGCUUUAUGCUUAACACUGAAAAUAUUAUUUGGUCUGGAGGACAACUGGAGAAGCCAAGGUCUGUGUGCAGUGAGAGCUGUCCUCCAGGCACUAGGAAGGCGGCACAGAAAGGAAGACCUGUCUGCUGUUAUGACUGUAUUUCAUGUGCAGAAGGAGAAAUCAGUAAUGAGACAGAUUCAAUUAACUGCAAGCAGUGUCCAGGUGAAUACUGGUCUAAUGCUGAGAAAAAUAAAUGUGUUUUAAAGGCUGUAGAGUUUCUGUCAUUCACAGAAAUUAUGGGUAUAGUGCUAGUCUUUUCCUCACUCUUUGGAGUAGGAUUGACUGCACUGGUGGCCAUCCUGUUUUACAGCAAGAAGGACACCCCCAUAGUAAAAGCCAACAACUCAGAGCUGAGCUUCCUGCUGCUCUUCUCAUUGACUCUGUGUUUCCUCUGUUCCCUUACUUUCAUUGGUCAACCCACUGAGUGGUCCUGUAUGUUGCGUCACACAGCAUUUGGGAUCACUUUUGUCCUCUGUAUCUCCUGUGUUCUGGGUAAAACAAUAGUGGUGUUAAUGGCUUUCAAGGCUACACUUCCAGGAAGUAAUGUCAUGAAAUGGUUUGGGCCUGUACAACAACGACUCUGUGUUCUUGCUUUUACACUUAUACAGGUUCUUAUCUGUAUGCUUUGGCUAGCUAUAUCUCCUCCAUUUCCUCACAAAAAUAUGACAUAUUAUAAGGAAAAGAUCAUUCUUGAGUGCAGUCUGGGUUCUACUUUAGGUUUCUGGGCUGUGCUGGGUUAUAUCGGCCUACUGUCUGUCUUGUGCUUCAUUUUGGCUUUCCUUGCUCGCACGCUUCCUGAUAACUUCAAUGAAGCCAAAUUCAUCACAUUCAGUAUGCUCAUAUUCUGUGCUGUAUGGAUCACUUUUAUCCCAGCUUAUGUCAGUUCUCCUGGAAAAUUUAUUGUAGCUGUUGAGAUAUUUGCUAUUUUAGCCUCAAGCUUUGGUUUACUAUUCUGCAUAUUUGCACCUAAAUGUUAUAUCAUCCUAUUAAAGCCUGACCAAAAUACAAAGCAACAUAUGAUGGGAAAAACAACAUGUCCUACUGAUAAAUAA